AUGAUUGCCUUUGCCAGAAUACCUAGAAUAAUAGGCGGUCAAAAUGCAGACAUAAGGGAUUAUCCUUAUUCUGUAUCAAUAAGAUUGGAAUUGGAUAGAUAUAAACAUAUCUGUGGGGGUGCAAUUAUUAGCCAUCAUCAUAUACUUACUGCAGCUCAGUGCGUUUAUGGUAUAAAUGCAGAGAGCAUCGUAAUUUAUAUUGGGAGGACUUCUGCACCAGAUUAUUCUGUGCGAUCAUAUACAAUUACUAAAAUUAAAAUACAUCCUGAAUUUAUUGGAAAAAUAAAGCCAAAUUCAAAGACACACAAUGAUAUCGCUGUCCUAACGACGCUUCAGUAUAUUAUAUUUAGUGGGAAUCAAAAUCAAAUUAAUCUUCCAACUGCAGACGUUGAGGUUGGGGCUAAUGCUGUUAUUACUAGUUGGGGUAUGACAUCUUAUCCUGAUGGUUACACCGCUACGACAUUACAAAAAGCUUCAAUGGUAAUUGUUCCUAAUUCUGAGUGUGCGAAUAAUCUUCCAUUUCCGGUAUAUAACGAAAAUCUCUGCGCUGUACAAGGUCCAGGAGUUGGCACAUGUUAUGUAAGCCUUGUUUAUUAUUAAAGUAUAUUUUUUAUUGCAUUAUUAGAUAAU